AUGCGCCACUCAGUUUUACUUCAAUGGAGCCGAGGCAUUUGCUGGGUUCCAAGACGCGCCUUUAGUGGCACCACUCGCGUACAAGCCUGCCAUACAGAGAAAAAACAGUGCCCAAAGAGCAUUGAGCGCAAAAACCAAUCAUCUGAACUCCCAAGUUGUGCCCAAAAGCCGCCACCCCAACCCCUUUCGACGCUUAGUCUGCCAUUCUGGACCUGCAGAUCCACCUGGAGACGAGCAGGAGUCAACACUCUCCGCUGUUUGGUGGGAUGUACAGCCGGUGAUUUCUCAGCAUUAUGGAUCCUGCAGACUUACUACGCUGAGAUGGGUAUGAGUAGCAUAAUGGCCUUGUCAAGUGGGUUGCCUCCUUGA